AAAGACGCGUUGCAAAAAAAGUCAUAUCCUCUCUAUUCUCCGAGUCAUCACAACACAACACUCUAUGCCUAUGGCCCAAACCCAUAAUGGAAAAAAUUAAGUAACAACAACACCCAUAAUUAUAAACACACACAAACCAUAACAACAAACAAAGAGAAAGAGCAAAUUUAUCCAAAACCCAAAAAUGGAAAACUAUUCAUACCAAUCAUACCCAGAUUCAGGAGAUUCAUCACCUCAUUCUAGAGAAAUCGAUUUUGAAAACCCACCUACAACAACACCAUGGGAAGACCAACAAAACCAAACAAGCUACAAAGCCAAGUUCAUGUGCAGCUACGGUGGCAAGAUCCAACCACGAACACACGAUAAUCAACUCUCUUACGUUGGUGGCGAAACCAAAAUCCUAGCCGUUGAUCGUAACAUCAAAUUUUCUUCAAUGAUUUCAAAACUCUCUUCUCUCAUCGAAGCACAUGAUGUUUCCUUUAAAUACCAACUCCCUGGUGAAGAUCUUGAUGCUCUUAUUUCUGUCACUAACGACGAUGAUCUUGAUCAUAUGAUGAAUGAAUAUGAUCGUCUCUACCGUGCUUCUGCUAGACCUGCACGUAUGAGAUUAUUUCUCUUUGUUAACGAUUCUGUUCCGUCGCCCGACCCGGUUAAACCGAGUAACGUUGAUUAUUUGUUUGGAAUUGAGAAGCCAGUUACCGUUGCUCCGAUUCCGGCUGCGGUUAAGUUUCAUGAUGCUGUACCGGAACCUGUUGCUCCGGUGCCGGAAUAUCAUCCAAGGCAAGGUUUGAAUCCGUCUGAUCGAGUUGUAAGUUCGGAUCCUGGUUUGAAUUUGAAUUUGAAUCAUCCGGUUGAGAUUCAGAGACAGUUACAGAGGAUGCAAAUUGCGGCGGAGAAUGAGCAAACUGCUUAUCGGAGAAAAAGUGAAGAGAAUUAUCCUGUUAGUGGCGGUGAUUAUUACGUUCAGAAAGUUCCGGAAAAAUUUCCGGCGAUGUCAAAUUUCGCACCACCGUCUCAGCAUCAACAACAACAACCUGGUUAUUGGACGGAGAGACCUGUUUCCGGUGAGGCUUAUCCACCGGUAGCAGCGUCUGGAGGAGGUGAACAGCCUGUUUAUAUGGUUCCGGCGCCGGGAGCUUACUAUCAUGCGCCGGUGAUGCGUCCACCGGCGAGUCAAGGUUACUACGCAGUUCAAAGAAUGCCGUCAGAUGCUUACCGUGAAACUCAGGUUUACGGCGGAGCACCACCACCUAAAGCGCCGUUUUCGUCGGGAGUUUCGGCGGCGAGUUAUGCACCGGCGCAGCCGGUUAAAGGUCCGGCUUAUGCGGAAGGAGUUAGUGUGGUGCGUUCGAGUGGAUUACCGGAUAACACGUCAGGUUCGUACGCACAGGUGGCGUAUGAUAGUGCAAGUGGGAGACAGGUUUACUAUAAUGCACCUCCUGGUGGGGUAGUACACCCUCCUCCACAGUACCAAGGUGUUGCUGCGCCUGUUACCACUGAUGUUAAAGUGAUGAGCAAGAUUUCUCAAGGUUCAGUUUGAUUAAGAUUAUGAUUAUCUUAAUUUCAAAUUAUCGUGUUAAUAAUUGUUCUUUUUGUGCUCUUAUUCUCAAUCCUUAGAAUAUAAAUAAAAUCAAGUAUGGUAUUAUUAGUCUAGUAUUAUUAUUACAUAUGAUAUAAUGUUAUUGUUGUAUACGAUGUGGAUUGUGUUAUACUAUGGCUGUGUUUAGAUUUCUUUUUAUGCUAAUGAUUUGUGUCUUAAGGAUUAUGCUUAAUUUCAUUUCUAAAA